AUGCCGCCCCUGCUGAAGAAGCCAUCGAAGCCGGUGUUCAAGACCGAUAUUCCCUUCACAGAGACUACCUGGCCACUCAUCUCUCCAGAGGACCAGGAGGUCAUCCUCGACUUGCUGUGCACCCUCCUCGCCCCAAUAGGCAUCUACCGCAAGACCCACACUCAGCCCCCAAAGCGCAAGUCUAAAAAGCGCAAACGAGCAACCACAACGACCAAUGAUGCUCCUCCACCUCCUCCACUUGGUGCUCACAUCCUCAUUGGUCUUAACAGUGUGACCCGCCACCUCUCCACACUCGCUACCAAACCCUCACUUCCCGCUACUCUGAUGUCUCAAAAUAACGGCUCUUCAGCAUCCCAAAAUGAACCCCCCUCAUUUACUACCCCAGCCCCGUUAACCCUUCUAAUCCUUCCCCAUCCAUCCCCAUCCUCCUCUCUCCCACACGCCCACCUCCCCACCCUCGUCCAUCUCGCCUCACUCGCCCAUCCAGAUCUCCCCCCAACCCGUCUGAUCCCCUUGUCCUCGGCUUCAGAAGCCCGACUAGCGUCCACACUCCAGAUACCACGCGUCGGCGCCAUAGGGAUUCAAGAAGGCGCCCCGGGAGCGAGUGCACUGGUGGAGAUGGUGAGGGGAAAGGUGGGGACUGUGAAGUGUCAGUGGAUUGACCAGGCGUUGGCUGCGGAAUGGAGGGGUGUAAAGAUUGCAACCCAGAAGGUUUGA